AGCCCGCGUCGCCACCUUGCAGCCUUUACUCCUCUCCCACCCUCCCCGUUCAAUUCGGCUCGCUCCCCCCAGUCCCCAGUCCCCACUCUCCACUCCAAAGCUCGCCUCUCUCUCUCUCUCUCUCUCUCUCUCUCUCUCUCUCUCUCUCCGCCAUGGCCACCACCUCCUCCUAGCUAGCUCCCCCCACACCCCGCCCAGAUCCGCAUCAGCUUCCCCGCCCGCUCGCGCGCCGGCAGAACAUGGGAGGGUGCCACGCGAAGCCGCUCACCCACGACCCCGACCACUCGCCGCCGCACGCCGCGCCGGCGACUCCGCCCCCGGGCUCGGCCGCCACCGCACCCGCACCGGCCACUCCGGCAAAGAAGCGUUGGGCGUCCUCCCCCUUCUUCCCGUUCUCCACCCCGAGCCCGAGCCCCGCGCACCACCUCUUCGGCGCCGCGUCCCCGCGCAAGUCCCCCGCGCCCCCGGGCUCCGUGCCCACCACCCCGGCGAGGCGCCUGCUGCGGUUGCCCUUCCCGCCGCCGUCGCCGGCCAAGCACAUCAGGGCAGCCCUCGCGCGGCGGCACGGCCCCCCGCGCCCGGCCAUACCCGAGGAGGGCGGGGAAGGGGAGGGCGGCGGCGGCGGCGGCGGCAGGGGGCUCGACAAGGGGUUCGGGUUCAACAAGGGUUUCGCGGCCAAGUACGAGAUGGGGGACGAGGUGGGGAGGGGGCAUUUCGGGUACACCUGCGCUGCGAGGGUCAGGAAGGGGUCGCACAAGGGGGAGGCCGUGGCUGUCAAGGUCAUCCCCAAGGCAAAGAUGACAACAUCCAUUGCUAUAGAGGAUGUGCGAAGGGAGGUGAAAAUUUUGAAAGCUUUGACAGGAAACAAGAACUUAGUCCAAUUUUAUGAUGCCUACGAGGACAACGAAAAUGUGUAUAUAGUAAUGGAGUUGUGCGAGGGUGGAGAGCUACUCGAUAGAAUACUUUCCAGAGGUGGGAAGUACUCUGAGGAUGAUGCAAAAGCUGUCCUGGUGCAAAUAUUGAAAGUUGUUGCUUUUUGCCACAUUCAAGGAGUGGUUCAUCGGGAUCUCAAACCAGAGAAUUUUCUUUUUACUUCAAAAGAUGAUAAUUCCCAGCUUAAGGCUAUUGAUUUUGGCUUAUCAGAUUUUGUAAAACCAGAUGAGAGGCUAAAUGACAUUGUUGGAAGUGCAUAUUAUGUUGCUCCAGAAGUUCUGCAUAGAUGUUAUAGCACAGAAGCUGAUGUCUGGAGUGUAGGCGUAAUUGCAUAUAUCCUCCUUUGUGGCAGUCGUCCAUUUUGGGCACGCACUGAAUCUGGCAUAUUCCGUUCUGUUCUCAAAGCUGACCCCAGCUACAGUGAGGCACCAUGGCCAUCUCUGACUCUAGAAGCCAUGGAUUUUGUUAAGCGCUUGCUGUGCAAGGAUCCGCGUAGAAGGAUGACUGCAGCACAGGCUUUAAGUCACCCAUGGAUCAGAAAUUAUAAUGACAUUAAGCUGCCAUUGGACAUCAUUAUAUUCCGACUCAUCAAAGCUUAUAUUCGUUCCUCGUCUUUACGGAAAGCUGCUCUGAGGGCUCUAUCAAAGACUUUAACUGUCGAUGAGCUUUUCUAUCUCAAGGCACAAUUUUCUUUAUUGGAACCAGACAGGAAUGGAUGCAUCACUCUUGAUAAUAUCAGAAUGGCCUUAACAAGAGAAGCUACUGAUGCGAUGAAGGAAUCACGAGUUCAGGAGAUUCUUGUUUCGUUGAGCGCCCUUCAGUACAGAAGAAUGGACUUUCAAGAGUUCUGUGCAGCAGCAGUUAGUGUGCACCAGCUUGAAGCAUUGGAUAGAUGGGAGCAACAUGCACGAUCCGCUUAUGAACAUUUUGAGAAGGAUGGCAACCGAGCUAUUGUAAUUGAUGAACUAGCUUCUGAAUUGGGCCUCAGCCCUUCCGUGCCGUUGCAUGUGGUUCUGCAAGAUUGGAUCAGGCAUACGGAUGGGAAAUUGAGCUUUCUUGGAUUUGUCAAGUUAUUGCAUGGCAUGUCCAGCAGGUCCCUGUCAAAGAUGAGAUAGCUGUUGAUAGUCUCUAACGAGUAACGACAGCACAAGUUUACACUGCCCUAGCCCCUGCCGACUUGGUUCACAGACAAAUUAACAGGGUUCAAGAACCGUCGAUUGGAGCUUGCAUAUUGAGGGUAACUUUGUUCUAGCACCACCAGAUCUGUCACUAAUUUGAGUAUAGAGAUAUGUUUGUUGUUGCCUGCCUACUGAUCAUUUAGUUGAUAGGAAAAAGGAAAAUCUCACCCAUGUCUACAAUAUGUCGUAGAAUAGUCAUCAUGUUCUGUUGUGAUUUUGGGAACAACUUUGUAAUACUUUGGUUCCUGGAACUGAUGUUAGCUGCAGUCAGCCGGUCAGUCACUGGGAUGGCGUUUGGAGCAUCGACAUGUCACUGUCACUGCCAAGAGUGCCAUUGCACCGAUUGAGAUGAAAUGCGUGAUUUUUAUGGUCAUCAAUUGCUCCUUCCGAAUAUAUAUUUGUGAGAUGAAAUUGUGUGACUUUUUCAAACUUCAGAAGAUAUUAUCAUGGCAAUCGGCAAGCUCCAAUAGUUUCUACCCUUAUAAUAAACUGGAAUGUGUGCAAUCAAAUUGUAUUGAUUUUGACUAAGAUGUAGUAUGAAAAAUUAUUUAACUAAUUUUUUGAUCUUUCGUAA